AUGACACAAGAACUUCCCACAACAACGAUACGCAUAGCGCGUAACCACAACCGCCACAACAACAAUUUCAAUUCGAACUCCGUUAAAUGUAACAACAAAAGCGAAAAUUCGCAUGAUACACAAAACAGCCGUUUAGAGGCUGGCCUACAGAGAGAACCGGUCGACAGGCCCACUUUUGGACAACAAUUGCUCAACUUCAUUGCCUCAGAGAAUGACGUCGACUUCUCAUGGAGAGCGCUGUUAAACAGCAUCAAGAUACUUGCCCUCAUACUACUCUGGCUCGUCAUUGUCGUAAUUAUGAUUAUAACAAAACCACCAAUCGACGAAUCGCGACUCUUUACGCUCGAACCGAAUCAAACGCGUACAUAUAUGAUACCACAACAACAAGUGGCCGAACGCGUUGGCGUCGUUAUUUGGGGACCCUUCCAGGAAACGGAUAGAGCAGAAAUAAAAAAUGGUGUAAUGCCCGAUGUGGUCACCAUGAAUGUAGUGAGUGAUGCGGAGGGUAAAGAGAAAACUAGCGUAGAUUGGCUGAUAUACUUGCAAACAGCUGAUCUCGAGCAAGCGACGAAAAUAGAGAAAGCGCAUGUCUUCCGAAGCGCGAAAUCAAAGAGUAAGCAGGAAAACCCGAAUUUGUGGCUCGUCAUGACAACAACCAAACAAGUGACCAUCAAAUUGAGAGUCGACGCGUAUACAGCGAAUCGUGAACGGGGUAUCUGGGCGGGUGCAUUGAUUUUGAUACUUAUGUACGCCAUGAUCGUGACGGAAAUCAUUGACCGCACCAUAGCGUCGAUAUUGUGUGCCACACUCGCUGUCGCACUGCUGAUUAGCCUCGGUGAUAAUGUGAAUUUGGACAUGAUUAUGUCGUGGGUCGACAUCGAGACGAUGUUGUUGCUCUUCAGCAUGAUGCUACUGAUCGCCAUGCUCGCCGAUUCGGGUAUUUUUGAUUUCUUCGCCGUUUACGCAUACGAAAUAUCGAAAGGUUUCGUAUGGCCGCUUUUGACAAGCCUCUGUUUAUUUACCGCAGUGGUUUCGGCAUUUCUGGAUAAUGUUACGAUGAUGCUGCUCGUCGCGCCGAUCAUUAUACGUUUGUGUGAGGCUUUAACGCUCGAUCCCGUUCUGAUGUUGACCCUGAUGGUAAUCUAUUCGAAUAUUGGCGCUGCUUGUACGCCCAUCGGUGAUCCACCGAACAUUAUUAUAACCACGAACGAUUAUAUACACGACAAUGGCGUCACAUUCGGCAAUUUCAUGUUGCACUGUGUACCAUGUGUCACAUUGGUGACACUGCAAACUUACUUUCUCCUACGCUACAUAUAUCGGGAUGAGAGUAAGUUGCAUAUACAUGGAGCUCUGAAUGACAGUAUGCAGCGUUUGGCACGUCGUUCGGAACGUUUAACGAAGAUGGCUUCUGCCGCCGGUAAAGGGUUCAACACGGCAAGUGUUAAGCGUAAAUCGGAAAGAGCUUUAAUGCAACUGGAACAUCAAUUGAAAUAUACACCGGAAUAUCCACGGGUCUUGGCCAAUCUGAAGUCCAUGUAUGGCAUUAAGGACAAACCGUUGCUCAUUAAGCUAUCCAUUUGCUUUCUAUUCGUACUCACUCUAUUUCUAUCGCACAGUUUUCAUAAUUUACAUCAGCUGCCGCUGGGUUGGGCUGCUCUCACCGGCGUGCUGUUGGCCUUCUCACUGGUGGACAUAACGGAUUUUGAAGCACUGCUACUACGCAUUGAAUGGUCGACUUUGAUAUUUUUCGGUUCGCUCUUCAUACUCAUGGAGGUAUUGGCAAAGAUCGGUAUGAUUGGCAUAAUUGGCGAGGAGGUGCAGGACUGGAUAAUGUUGGUCGAUAAGAAAUAUCGUUUGUGUCUCGCAAUAAUGCUAGUACUAUGGGUUUCGGCUGUUGCUUCGGCCUUUCUCGAUAAUAUACCGGUGACUGCAAUGAUGUUGCCAAUUGUGAUUUCGAUGGCGCAGGAUCGUGAGCUGCAGUUGCCGUUGCAUCCCUUAGUUUGGGCGCUCGCGAUGGGCGCUUGUUUUGGCGGUAACGGUACACUCGUUGCGGCCUCGGCGAAUGUGGUGAGCGCUGGCAUUGCGAAUCAACAUGGUUACCGAUUUUCUUUUUGUUCGUUCUUCAUUUUGGGCUUUCCCAUUAUGUUGACAAAUAUUGUUGUUACUUCGUUGUAUUUAAUUCUCUGUCAUGUGAUUUUCGAGUGGCACGAUCCGCCGAAGUAUGAGUGA